AUUGGAUCUUAACAAUAAAAAGUUUAAUUUCAGCAGGUGCAAAAGUAAUAUAACUUAACAAGUUUUUUUUUCUAUAUUAUUCUUAGUAAUAAUGAUUCAAAGACAAAAUUUUAAGUGAGCGAAAAUUUUAUACUAAGAUACUAUACUAAGCCUAUGCAAUAAUUUGGAAUAUUUGUAAAAUUAUUUUGUUUUUUCUUUCUCCUCAACAAUUUGUGGAAAUGGUGUUUUUGCACCCAUGUAUUCAAUUGUUUCUAACUUUUUUGACUUUUAUUUUUUUUAUCUUUUGAAAAACCUUAAUUAUUUCAAACAAACUAAAGCUUUAAAAAAAACUUUUCACACCGCUAAUAUGUGGAUGCCAAUAUGUGAGACACUUGGUAAAAAUUCUAAUAAAAUGCUGUUUAAAAAUGGAAACACACAGUGACCAGUUUCCAUGGUCAAUGUAUGUUUUCCAUUUUUAAACAGUAUUUUUUUAUAAUUUAAAAGUUUUUUUAUAUAAUAGUUUUUUAUAUGAUUGUGUCUUAAAGUCCUGGGAUUAAAAUAAACUUUAAUCCCAAGACUUCAGGACACAUUCAUAUAAAAACUAUUAUAUAAAUCCACAGGGUUACUAACUCUAAUUGUAUUCAUUAGUUGGAUUUUUAACAAAUUUUUGCGUCAUGUAAGAAUGGUAUUAUAUUCUCUCCAAAUUUACUCACAAUUACCUUUUUACUCAAACUCUUUACAUAUUGAUACUCAAUCUACAAUGUAUUAUAGUAUUGCUUACAUAAAAACGUUUUGUAUUUCUUCAUGAUCAUUUGAUCACCCUACUACUGGUUACAUACUGGUUAAUCUAGUACAUCCUACCCAAUGUCCUGCUGUAGGAUUCGCCUUUCUUGGCAAAGACUUGGAGAAGUUAACUCUAAAUUAAAACACUGCCUGCCUUGGGCUUUUGGUUGAGUAAAGGUUAGAGAUAAUGCUUCAAUAAAAGUAUUUAGCUAGGUCAUAUGUUAAAUGAUUAUAUAUACUGUCUUGUAUUAAGUCUUCUGGGCAAAGACUUUUUGGGUAAGCAGAAAAGUUUUGUUGACCAGUCUUGUACCUCCUUAUCAUCCAUUUGGCUAGUAUAGAUGUAAACCUGUGAUAGGUUAAUCCCUACAGAAUGCUAAUGCUAUCUUUUCCACUCGUGGGUUUAAAGACCCUUAAAGACCAGAACUCUAUGGUUGCCCUUAAAGGUUCCAUCAACAACUGUAAAAGGUAGGUCGAUUUUGGUAUGUAAGUACCACUAAACUAUAUAAAGUUGGAUAUUUAUAUGUAAGUAACAAAAAUAGCAAACUUUAGUGUUUUAACUUUUUUUUUGCAGAACUUCGAUGGAGUUAGUGGAUUUGAAUACUUUGUAAACUUUUUGCUGUUUUAUAAAAAAAAAAAAUUAUUCAUUUUUUAAAGCAUCCAUGUAUUGUAUUUUGUUUGUAAACAAUAUUUAACUUCCUAGUUUUGUAGUCUUUAGUAAAGUCUCUGACUGUAAUAUUUAAAACGCCAAAAAAUCAAGUUUAUAAGCGGCUAAUAAAUAUUUCUUAAAAUAUACUUUUUCAUUCAUUCGAGUCUAUACAACUAGAUUUACAUGCUUAACUGGUUUAUAUUUUAUAAAUUUUACUUUUGUAGAAUGAUAUAAUGUAGUUAAAAUAGACUAAAAUGAACAAUGAGCAUAUUUUACUAAUUGUAAAAAUAUUAUUAUCAAGUAAGUUUUUAUUUUGUGCAAAAUUUAAAUAGUUAAGUACUUUAAUAAAGUGUUAUUAAUUUAUUGCAAAUAAUUUGUGUCUCGUAAUAAUAUGAACAAAGUAUUUAGUUUUAGAAAAUAAGAAAAGCCAAAAAUAAAAAAAAGGCCCAUUACGCGAUCGAAAAGUGAAGAGAAUUAGGGCGGUUGCCCCUGUGAUUUAAUUACAACAGAUCUAAGCACAUACAGACAAUUGAUUCAAUUUUAUUACUUCUUAGAUUUUUCUGACAUUAAGCCAAAUUUUUGGGCAAUUGUUAAGCAUGUUUCAUGUGUUUUAAAAUCUAUAUGGUUAUCCGUCAAUCCACAAUUGCCUUUAAUAAACGAUAAGUCUAUAGAAACAAAAAUUAAAAAUCUAUUUGCGACUGAAAAAAACAUAAACCGCAAACACGCUAAAGAAAAUAACAAACAAAACCUGGACUCUAAACUAGAUAAACUUUUUGACAUAUCUGCUUUUUGCUGUUUAUUGGAUAUUGUGUCAUGUAACAGUGUUAAUGUUUAUGUAAAGUGUAUAAAUGCAAAAUGGAACACAUUAUUUGUAUAUGUCCUAAAGGAGCAAAAGUUCCAAUAGAAGAAAGAACUUAUAUACAAGAUCAGCAUUUCAGGUGUCUUCGGUAUCUGCUUUAAAAACAAAACAACAGGAGUAAAUAAAAGGUAAACAAAAUCACAUCACAAUAAUAAUUAGCUUUCAAGUUUAUUACCCACAGAAUGUAUAUCUGAAAUAUCUCAGGAACAGGAUAAAUGGAAACCAAGUAAAAGGAUGAAUGGAAACCAAGUAAAAGAACUCAGGCAGAUUAUAGUAUUCAAAAGUUUCCAAGAUAUGCAAUGGAGCUGGUCAGAGACAGAUGUUCUUUAAGUCUCGGUGCAGCUCUUGGAAACGCCUUACUCCGUGAUAUCAAGCAUUUAUUGUUACCGGAAGUUGAUAUCGAUAAUAUUCUAAUGGAUAAAUGUAAAUUAGACAGAGCCAAGUCAAAAAUAAAAAUAAUUUCAAUAAAUGUAGAAUUAGAAGAGAAGAAACAACUAUUUUGCAUUGGUUUAGAUGGAAAGAUAGAUAAUAACACGAAAAUGUUUUUAAAAGCAAAUUAUUCUGAAAGAAAAAAGUUCAUAACAAAAUGUGUUGCUGCAGAGCAUCACCUUACUUUUACACAUGAUAAUGGCAAAUCUCACGGGAUCUACUUGACACACAGAGCAAUACCCGUUGUUGGUGCUAGUGGGGAUUUUCUUGCUCUUGAGACAUUUAGUGUACUUGAAGAAUAUUACAGCCUGGAGACCAUUGGUACUAUUCUUUUAGACAAUAUUGCAUCAAACACAGGUUGGAGGAGUGGCUUGGUGGUUAAUCUAGAAGAGUUGAUAGGAAGGAAACUUCACACAAUAGGUUGUAGCCUUCAUCAGAAUGAACUCCCACUAAAAGCCCUUUUUAAAAAGUUAGAUGGAAAAACAACUGGUCCACAAAAUUUUAGUGGACCAAUUGGAAUUCUGAAGAAAUUCAUAAACAACCUUAAGUAGAGUUUGAAGCAAUUCAAACUUCUGAUCACUGAAAGAUAUAUUUCGGAUGAGAUAUUAAAAGAUAUUAUUCAUGAUCAAAGGCUUCUUUACGAAUAUUAAUGUAUUGGAUUAGGUAAAGUAGACAACAAAUGGGCUAAUUGUAAAAUAUGUGAAUCAUGCUCGAUGGUUAACCCUUUCUAUACAAAUUCUUUGUUUAUACACUCAAGAUGUUUCUUCAAACGCAAGUCUUAAAAAGCUUACCCAUUAUAUUGUUAAAAUUUAUGCUCAAUCGUGGUUUCAAAUAAAGAAAUCUUCCACAUUGCAAGAUUUCCCCCAGAUUCUGUUUUUUACUAUUAAUAAAUUGAAUCUUAUUAAGUUUGAUGAUGAAAAAUAAUUCUAUUAAAAAACAUUCAAGGUAACGCUUUCUGUUUAAUACCUGCAAAUUUUCUCUUCACAUUGGUUUAAAAUGGUGAUGAUCCAGAUCAGGACUCUCAGAUUUGAGAUAAUACUCACGCUCAGAAAACAGUAAAAAUUUUUAAAAUUAGUUUUUCUAUUUAUAAUUUAUCAGGCAAUUGUAUAUAAAGCUGCUCUAUAACUCCAAGACACAAACCUUUACGAACAAGGCCACUGCGCGGAGAAAUAAGUUGAGCGCAGUACUACCAGGGACAUAGUGGGAAUCGAACUCCGAACCUCUGGCUUAUGAAGCGAGCUCUCUACCACUACCGCAUUUUUUAAAAAAUGUAUUAUAUAAUAUUAAGUCAUAAUUAAGGUUAUUAUUGUUUUUUUUGUUUUGCGCAGGUUUUUUGAAAGAUAUUUUUAUUUUUAGAAACAAAAGCAGUUAUGGAGUAGAAAAGAAAAUCCCUCAACUUAAUUGGAAUACUACAAGUGGAUAUCUCUUAUUGAUAUUGCUGAUCUUGCUUAUAUUGAAAUAGAGUCACCACUACAAAAGAAUUUUCUGAUGAUGAUAUUCACACAUUCAUUAAAAAUAAUUUUAAAAAUGA